AUGGAACCGCACGCUUGGCUCCGAGCUGUCCAUCUGCUAGUGAUGGGGCUCUCUGCUGUGAUUGCAUCGGAGGAUUUCGACUGGACCAAGACUGACAAAGGAGCUUUCUACUUUGGGACCUUUCCAGCCGGGUUCUCGUGGGGGGCUGGGAGCUCGGCCUAUCAGACGGAGGGAGCCUGGGACAAGGACGGCAAGGGCAUGAGCAUCUGGGAUGCCUUCGCCCACAAGAGGGGCAAGAUCACCUUCAACGACACCGGAGACUCCUCCUGUGAGGGCUACUACAAGGUCAAGGAUGACAUUGCCCUAAUCAAAGACAUGAGGCUAAACCACUAUCGCUUCUCAAUCUCCUGGCCUCGGAUCCUCCCAAACGGAAUCAGAUCACAGCACAUAAACGAGAAAGGACUCCAGUAUUACGAUGAGCUCAUUAAUGAACUGCUAGAGAACCGGAUCACCCCGAUCGUGACGCUCUACCACUGGGAUCUGCCACAGGUCUUGGAGGAUAAAUAUGGAGGAUGGCAGAAUGUCAGCAUGGUCAGCUACUUUAAUGACUUUGCCAAUUUGUGCUUUGAGAGAUUUGGUAAUAGAGUGAAAUACUGGAUCACGUUCAGCAAUCCAUGGUCUGCAGCAGUGGAGGGCUAUGAGACAGGCGAGCAUGCACCUGGACUCAAGCUCAGAGGCUCUGGGGCAUACAAGGCUGCCCAUAACAUGAUCAAGGCACAUGCAAAGGUUUGGCACACUUAUGACACCCAGUGGCGGAGCAAACAAAAAGGUCUGAUAGGGAUCUCCCUAAUGGCCGACUGGGGUGAGCCGGUGGACAUCACCAAUCAGAAGGACAUCGAGGCGGCGGAGAGAUACGUGCAGUUCAGUCUGGGAUGGUUUGCCACGCCACUCUUCAAUGGAGACUACCCGCAAGUGAUGAAGGACUACAUAGGAAGGAAGAGUGCCCAGCAGGGCAUGGGUGCGUCCCGGCUGCCCACCUUCACGGCGCAGGAGAAGAGCUACAUCCGGGGCACGUGUGACUUCCUUGGCGUGGGCCACUUCACCACGCGCUACGUCACGCAGAAGAACUUCCCCGCCAGCAGGGGCAGCAGCUACUUCACUGACCGAGACCUGGCCGAGUUGGUGGACCCACGCUGGCCCGACCCCGGCUCCGAGUGGCUCUACUCCGUGCCCUGGGGCUUCCGGCGCCUGCUCAACUUCGUCAAGACCCAGUAUGGAAACCCAAUGAUAUACAUAACUGAGAAUGGCGUGUCAGAGAAGACGGCGUGCACAGAGCUAUGCGACGAGUGGAGGAUGCAGUACUUUAGGGAAUACAUCAAUGAGAUGCUGAAGGCAAUAAAAGAUGGCGUGGAUGUGAAAGGCUACACUGCCUGGUCUCUGCUGGACAAGUUUGAGUGGGAUGAGGGCUUCUCUGAGCGGUUUGGCCUGUACUAUGUGGACUUCAGGAGCAAGGACAAGCCCCGGUACCCCAAGGCCUCGGUGGAGUACUACAAGCGGAUCAUCAAGUCCAAUGGCUUCCCUAAUCAGAGAGAGGUGGAGAACUGGAGGAGGAAGGCCACAGAAACAUGUUCAUCUAGCAAUCAGCUUCUGGCAGCAGACCCCUUGACGAGCCACAUGGAGAUGGUGACGGAGAUCGUGGUGCCCACCGUGUGCACCUUGUGCAUCCUCCUGAGUGCUAUCUUCCUCAUGUUCCUACUGCGAGGACGACUCUAG